AUGUUUCUGUCUCUGCCUAUGCUGACUAUGCUUAUUCCACUGAUCUCCUUAGCAGGACUGUUCUAUUCAGCCUUGGUAGAGGAAGACUUCCCACAGGGCUGCACAAGUACAGCCAGCCUUUGCUUUUACAGUCUGCUUCUGCCCAUCACAUGGUAUGUGUUCUUCCACCUCUGGAUCUAG